ACUCGUGGUGUUGACAGGGUGGUAGCCAAAUGCCAAGCUUGCAUAGAUGCAGGCAAUUUUUAUGAAGCUCAUCAAAUGUACAGAACACUUUAUUUUAGGUAUAAUGUACAACAGAAAUAUGCAGAGGCCUUGGAUCUGCUCUACAGAGGGGCUCUUGUUUUGCUUGAACAUAACCAGUUAGUAAGUGGAGCUGAUUUGGCCAUGCUGCUUGUAGAAUGUCUCAAUAAUUCCAGACAACCGAUAACAUCAGACAAUAUCGACAAAGUUGUGUCACUGUUUCGUAAGAUGGAUCUUGAUUGUCCAGAAAGACACCAGUAUUUGGCGUCGGCCAUUAAAUGGACGGCAAAGAUGGACUCCAAUCACAAACGUGGCCAUCCUGACCUACACCAGCAGUUUGGAGCUCUGUUCUGGCAAGAAAAGAACUAUGUGCAAGCAAGAUAUCAUCUAAUCCAUUCAACGGAUGGCAAACUGUGUGCCUCGAUGUUGAUAGAGUAUCAUAUAACAAAGGGCUACCCAUCAGAGGUGGAUCUAUUUAUAGCUCAGGCUGUUCUACAAUAUUUGUGCCUUCAGAACAAAGCCACAGCAUCCGCUGCAUUUACUGCGUACACCCAGAACCACCCGGCUAUCCAGAACGGACCUCCCUUUGUCAAACCAUUGCUGAACUUCGUGUGGUUCUUAUUGAUAGCUUUAGAAAGUGGAAAGCUAGCUGUGUUUACGAUACUGUGUGAGAAAUACCAGACCACUCUGAACAGAGACCCCAGCUACAGAGAGUAUUUGGAUAAAAUUGGUCAGUUAUGGUUUGGUUUGCCACCACCUCAGAACACUCAACAAGGUUUUUUCGGUAACUUAUUAAACAGCUUGUUUCAAGGCAGUGGUGAUGAGAGUCCUAGCGAUGACGACUCUUCAGUCAGCACGGCAGCGGCUGCCAUGACCCCGACGAAGACAGAAACACAGUUUGACAUGGACUAGACAACGUCAGCGCAUCAUGACAUCACAAAGAAGACAAACAAAGUUUAUGUUUAACACCUGCACCAUAUUUCACUUAUUUAUUCUAAACACUUGUUUAUGUUUUGUUGUUUUCAGUUACUCAGCAGGUAAAGUGGGAUCAGACAUGUUUUGUUUGUUCCAUUACUCACUCUACCUACAGCUGUUCUAUGUUGUAGUUUCAGCAUUAUUAUGCAGGGCCGAUAUUUACGAAGCUGUCUUAGCCUACAAAAUCAUAAAGCUAUUGUAAGCUAUGACAUCACUAUGGCGUGUGCUGUAGUGAUGUCACUAUGGCGUGUGCUGUGGUGACGUCACAACUUACAAUGGUUUUUUAUUUCAUAGCUCCAAGUUAGCUUCAAAAAUCCCUAGCCAGGAUGUUACGAACUUGAAAGGACUUAUGCAUGUAAAUACAGUUUAAGCCUAAGCCUAUGAAAUGCAAUUUCAUAAUACAAAGCAACGAUUUGAGAUUGAGAAAACUACUUACCUGUCUGGUUUUGAAGUUGUAUGGUAUAAUUUUAAAUGUAUGGUAUGUUCUACAAAAGUGUAUGUAAGGACGUUAGUGAACUUAAAAUGUGCUCUUAUUAACAAAUAUAUUAAUCUUGUUUAAAAAUGGCUUCUGCUUUUUACAUGUAAACAAAUUGUGUAAUGUAGCUCUCUCUCUUUUUUCUGUUGUAAUUUAUUAUAUAGAUAUGAAUUGUGACUGCUUGCUGUAUAUCAAGUAAAACUAUAAGCUGGUUUAGUAUAAAAACAACAUUGGCACUUAAGGGAAGUAACACACUAGUAUAAACGGAUUAAUGUGACAUUUUCAAGGAUUCGACGACACAAAAUAUUUGAAGUAUCUUUCCGGCCCAACUGAUGGGGACUAUAGGUUUGUCUCCAUCUGUCUGUCUUCUUUCCUACAUAUUGUUUUCUAGACAUUUUUUUUUUUCCCCCACAACGCAUCAAAAUAUUGAGCUGAAUUUUUUUUAUAUCUUUAUCAUGUAAUGAGCUAGAUGAAGUUUGGCUUAAAUGGGGAUUUGCUCAUUUUUUACAGUUAUGGCCUUUGAACUUAGGAGAUAUGAAAAAAAAAUUGGCUUCAUUACAAAGAUAUGCUCCAGAAAAAAAAAGAAAAAAAAAUGGAUGGAUGUACAGACAGAUGGAUCACACCAUACCAUAAUACGAUCUGUCAAAAAUAGGCACAUAAAAACACCUUUUAAUGGACAAUAUAUAAAUAUGAGUUAAUUAAAUCUGUAUAAUGUGAUUUUCAGUAUGAGUGUCUUUAUAUAAUACUGAUAUGAGUCCUUGUAUUAAAUAAACACUUGUUUAAGACGAGUAUCUGUGUCUUUAUAUAAUACUGAUAUGAGUCCUUGUAUUAAACAAAUACUUGUUUCAGAUGAGUAUCUGUGUCUUUAUAUAAUACUGAUAUGAGUCCUUGUAUUAAAUAAAUACUUGUUUAAGAUGAGUACCUGUGAACUUUGAAUACUUAUAUAUUAAUGUGAGUACCUGUAUUAAAUAAAUACUUGUUUCAGAUGAGUACCUGUGAACUUUGAAUACUUAUAUAAUAAUGUGAGUACCUGUAUUAAAUAAAUACUUGUUUCAGAUGAGUACCUGUGAACUUUGAAUACUUAUAUAAUAAUGUGAGUACCUGUAUGAGGUGUAGAUCUAUAUAAUACUGAGUACAUGUGUAACAUGAGUACUUGUAAAGUGUGUGUACCUAGAUACAGUGAAUAUUUGUAAAAAGAGUGUAUGUUAGCCAUGGAAAACACAGAAUAGUUUUGAGUGAAACGUGUCUUGCAGUGACGUGUAAAUAUAUACAACAAAAUAGUGUGGGAGUUGUUAGAUGUCUACUUUAUCAGGUGCCGAUCCAAGGGUUUUGGAGGGGUUAGGAUGAUGGGUGCCGGACAUGGGAAAAUGUGUUUGAACAGCCCAAAGUUUAGCCUGCGAACAUUUCACUGGUUGCCAAUGUGGCCAUUUGGUUUAGCGUGAAGUGCAUAAACCAGUCUAGUGGACGUUUUUCUGCUCGGUCGGGAUGAAUUCAGCCCAGGCUUCUUUUUUUUUCUUUUCUUUUUUUUAGACGGCUUUAAAAAAAAGUGUGUGGCUUGCACACACACACACCUGCCACACCACUGGAUCCACACCCAUUCAUAAUACCAUAAUAUUGUAUUAAACUAAUACUUGUACAUUUUGACAGUAGUCAUAUGAGCAGAGCAGUGAAUCACAAAAACAUACCUCAUUUGAAACAGACUUUGAGAUUAAUUUCGAAAACAUGUAAAGCAGUCAACCAUCUGCAGUUUAAUGAGAGCACUGUGGUCUCAACUAACUCUUUGAUAAGUCAACUAAUGUUUUUGUCAAAUUAAUCAAAAGGGCUGCCAUCAAACAUGGACAUCACAAGUAAGGGUUUCAGUCGGACAAAUAAUCCCAUCGGCAACUGGACACGUGGUUUUCUUUCCAAAUACCUUUUAAACAGUUUUCCAAUUAGUUGUUUGGCACAUUUAUUUAUUUGAAUAUGUUUACCAAAUUGGACCUUGGUUCACAUAAAUUGACAAUUUAAAUAUUGACUUAAUGUAUAAAACUAAAAUGUAAAUAUUUUACAGAGAUAUUCUAUAUGGCAGUUCAGUAUUAAAACGGAUAGACUAAAUGUUUUCAUGUUGGACCAUUGUAGGUGUAGUCAUUUACUGUGCAUACACUUACUUGUGAUUCUACUAUUCAACAACAUUGUUAUUUUACAAUGAAGUACAUAGCAAAGGAGUAAAACUAGAAUGCUUAGGCUAAGAUUGGACUAGUAAGAUUUACUAGUAAGACUGUAGCGGACAUCAAAUGGUCUGAAAGUGAAAAAAGUUGUAAAAAAACAUUUGAUAAUCAAGUUCAUACUUUAAAACAUUUAUUUGUGUGUAUGUUUCUAAUGAUUAACAUGUGUAUAUUACAUUAUUUAUUGCUUAUGAUGUUGAACAAAUCUUAUGUUCGUUAUUUAUUUCUGCUGAAUGGUGUUGAGCGUUGAUUGUAAUCCAGAGUGUUUAUUUACAUUGUAUCAUACCUUCAUUACGUACCGAGAAGUAUAUGUAAUCUGAUAUAUGCAUCUAACAAUUGUAUAUAAAUGUAGUUGACAGUAGAAUACAAGAGACUGGAACAAUCACGGUGUUCUCAUUGUGUUGUUUGCUGUGUAAUGUCCCGGGUCGGGUCUCUGGCCAUCCCAGAGACCGGACUGGAAAGACGUGCCGAACUGUGUGUGGUAUAUGGGUACGUACAGAGAGUUCUCACUCACUCACUCACUCAGUGUGUUUCAAUAUUUUUUCGAGGAUGAUAUCUGUAUAGUACAUCCCUAGUUAUAAAAAAGAAACAAAAUUGUGUCAGUCUCAGCGUAGUUACCUAACUCAUAUUUAGAGUUAUUGGGAGAGUGGGGUGAAGAAGAAAACAACAAAUGAAUUCUUCAAAGAUUUUUUGAAGAAAACAAUAUAGGCCAAAUUUACUAAGCCUGUUUUUCUUAAAAUUAAUGCUGUUGUUUAAGCAUAGUAAAUGUACUUAGUUACACAUGUGUAAGUCUGAAACAAGCUUUGUAAAUUUGGGCCUAUUUGUUCUAAUCUUUAAAGAAAUCUUUUAAUUUACGAAUAGGUUUUUAAUUUUCUCACAAGCUUUAAAAAUGAGUUGGGGAAUUAUACUGAGAGGCUGACGAUUUGUAAUAGAAUUACUAGACACUGCAUUUGCAAUUUCAAUAAACUUGUGUUUUCUUUCUUACAAAACAUAUUGUAACCUGUUUUGAAGCAAGUGAAUUCAUAAUACCAUUUUGUAAUUAUAGGAUAUUAAACAAGCUUCCAUUUCGUAUCAUGUUUAUGGCCCGAGUGAAAUAAUUUUCAGUUGUCACAAGCUUUUUACAGAUACAACAAAUAUAACCCACACACACAAAAAAAGUGGUAAUGCCAUGCCAUACCUCUUUGAAAAGUAAUGUGUGUUGAGAAAUGGUAAAUCAAGACAAGACAAGGUUGCAGUCAUUUUAAUCGUCACCUCUGGUAUGUUCAGGAGGCUGAGUGAUCGGGAACAAGUUGACUGGAACUAUCAUCUGCUAUCACAUCACAUGUUUCUAACAUUAGGUGCCAAACCCAGUCUAGCAAACAAUCACUUGUACUCCUGAAACAGACAUCUGGUGUCUUUUGACAGUGGUUCAUGAGUUUAUCAAAAUGUUCUCUUGUAGAUUUGUGAAUACAACAAUGCUUUGGAUGUUUGUGUGUGCUACAUUGGUUGUGUGUUGUGAUCAAGUUAUUUUAUUUGACAGCAUGUGCAUGUGACAUUUAUUGUAAUUUUAUUGUGGACAUAAGAUAGCUUGAUGUCUUUAUUUUACAGUCGAACCAUGUAAUGGAUUUGUUACUGGCAGUAUAUAUAUAUAUAUAUAUAUAUUAUAUAUGUGUAUGUUUGUAGAGAAUAACUCUUUAUUGCUCAGAAGCAUCUGCUCUCUUGUCUGAUGGCUAGCUUGGCAGCCGUUGAAAUUCAGAUCAUAUUGCGAUGGCAAUUUAGUACGAAUAAUAACAAAGUAAAUACCUGAAAAUUAUAAAAAUGUGUUUGCUGAUCAAUUUUGCAACAGUUUUUCGAGGGCUGAAUUGGUGCCAUGAACUCUAUGAUACAUUGAAGCUGAUAUCGAUGUCCAUAUUCCAUCUACUUGAUAUAUACUGGUUGGAAAGAUCUAGCUAAGUCACUAGAGUACUUGCCUGAGAUGCUUUGUCCAUAGGAUCAAACCCCCUCAGUGGGGGUUUUCUAAUCCCAACUAGUGCAUAACAACAUGUAUAUCAAAGGAUGUGGUAUGUGCUAUCCUGUCUGUGGAAAAGUACAUAUAAAAUAUCCCUUGCUGCUAAUGGAAAAAUGUCAGAAUUACCUAAUGUUUGACAUGCAAUAGUGGUUAUUAAUAAAUCAGUAUGCUUUAGUGGUGGUGUUAAACAAAAUAAAAGUGUUUGAUAUGUCCUGCAUUCAUGUAAUAAUAAUGGAGAAAAAGAUUUUUCUAGAGUUUUAAUUUCUCUUAGCUAGGCAAUAGGAAAAUCUGUAAACCAUAUCCUUUUACAGUAGUGUUUAAUAAAAAUAAUAAUUUUUCAACUCAAACAACAUCAAGUGUAAUGUUACAAUUCAAAAUGUUUUGACAUUUUGUGACUAAAUUCAAGUGUAAAAACUAGUCAAAACUAAACAAGCUUAAAAGCUUUCUUUGGAUUAAUUUGAUAUUUGUGUGAUGAAUGUGUGUGUAUUCAGUGAUAAAUAUAUUUUGUUGCUCUGUCUUAGAUGUCCCUUUACUUCUUAGGUAAUUUUGAUGAAUUUAAUAGAUAGCAGUGUCAUCAUUUUGUUAUAUAGAUUAACCUUUUUCUUCUUCAUCUUUUCUUUUUCAUUCUAUGAUUUUUGCAUUCAUUUCUUUCUGUUAGUUGGAUUACAUAUAUACAAGUGUGUGCAUGUACACAUUAAUAUUCAUUUCAGUUUUGAGAAUUGUGUAUAUUAGUUGACAGGAUUCUACGAAGAUCUUGUCUCGUUAGUGUAAAUCAGGUUAUAUAAUCUGUUUGAUGUGUUUUUUCUUAAGCAAGCUUACUCAUUGUAUAUCAUAUUUCAUUUAUCAGUUAAUUAAGUGUGUAUUAAUUGUAAUAUUACUGUAAAUAAAUUGAAGUUUUCUCUU